GCGGGCAAGAGUUUAUCAUCCACGAGGGUCAUUUUACUGCGCGGGAGUUCGAUCGCCGGCAGUACUAACUUGUAAUCUAAACGACUCACACGUCCAAUUCGAUAUUUAAAUUUUAAAUUUGAUGCAAUAAUGCCUGACGCGUUCGAGAGUGCGUAUCCGCUGUCGCCGACGGUGAAUCCGGAGGAGCUUCGCGCACGCGCAAACUCCUCCUCCAAAAAGAAGCGGCCAUCCGUGACGUUCUACGCCGGCGAUGAAGCCGUAGAAGUACCAGAUAAAUCUAUUGUCGGCAUAGACAAGCCGUUGACAAAGACGUCAAACGACAGGAGUGAGGUUGAACUGGAUACGUACGCGGAGUCUCUGACCAGCAUGCACAGCCGUUGGUUUGACAAGCGCGCGGCCGAGCACAGAAUCUUCGUAAACAGAUCGCUGCAUUUGGAGAACAUUAAGUUCUAUGGCUUCGAUAUGGACUAUACCUUGGCCGAAUAUAAAUCGCCACAGUAUGAAACAUUAGGAUUCAAUUUAACCAAAGAGAGAUUAGUAACCAAAGGAUACCCCAAAGAAAUAUUAGAAUUCGAAUAUGAUCCAUCAUUUCCAGUCAGAGGCCUGUGGUUCGACACACUAUACGGUAACCUGUUAAAGGUAGAUGCCUAUGGUAACAUUCUCGUGUGCGUGCAUGGAUUUGAGUUUCUUAAACAUUCACAAGUAUACGAAUUGUACCCAAAUAAAUUCUUGACAUUAGACGAGUCUCGAGUUUAUGUAUUGAACACGCUGUUCAACCUGCCCGAGACGUAUCUAAUCGCCUGUUUGAUUGACUUCUUCACUAACUCCAAGGACUACAGCAGAGAGAAGACCGGAGUGCGCGCAGGAGACCUAGCUAUGUCCUACAAAUCCAUCUUCCAAGACGUCCGCAAUGCCGUCGACUACGUCCACAUCCACGGCGACCUCAAACAGAAGACCACAGAGAACUUAGAACUGUAUCUGAAGAGAGACGAGCGUCUGCCAAUGUUCCUCUCUAGGAUCCAGGAGAGCGGGGCCAAGCUGUUCAUACUCACCAACAGCGACUACAACUUUACGGACAAGAUCAUGACGUAUCUGUUUGAUUUCCCGUAUGGAGCGAAGCCGGGCGAGCCCCACAGAAACUGGCGGACUUAUUUCGACUACAUAGUGGUGGACGCGAAGAAACCGCUCUUCUUCGGUGAAGGCACAACCCUACGGCAGGUCGACACAAGGACGGGCGCGCUCAAAAUGGGCCACCACGUCGGGCCCUUGCAUGAGGGACUCGUUUACUCUGGAGGUUCUUGCGACGUGUUCACCGUCCUCAUCGGCGCCAAAGGCAAGGACGUGCUGUACAUCGGUGACCACAUUUUUGGAGACAUCCUCAAGUCCAAGAAGAUCGGCGGUUGGCGCACUUUCCUCAUCGUGCCUGAACUAGUGCAGGAGCUACAUGUGUGGACGGACAAGUGCCAGCUGUUCGCGCAACUGCAGAGUUUGGACGUGCAACUUGGAGAUAUGUACAAAGACUUGGACUCGAGCACAAAGGAGAAACCGGACAUUUCAAAACUGCGGAUGGCGAUCCGUGACGUCACGCACAAGAUGGACCUCGCCUAUGGCAUGCUCGGCUCACUGUUCCGCUCUGGUUCCAGACAGACCUUCUUCUCAUCACAGGUGGUGCGAUACGCGGACCUGUACGCGGCGUCGUUCCUGAACCUGAUGUACUACCCGUUCUGCUACAUGUUCCGCGCGCCCGCCAUGCUCAUGCCGCACGAGUCCACGGUGGCGCACGAGCAGCGCUUCACGCUGGAGGCGCCCACCAUCGACAGGUCCCGGCACCCUAGCGCCGUGCGCGCCUACAGCCUGGCGUCGGUGGGCGACGACACGGACGACCAGAGCGCCACCAACUUGGACCCCAAGGACGCUAAGGACGUGCGUUUCGCGGCGGGCGUGGGCGGCGGCUGGGGCGUGGGCGUGGGCGGGGGCGGCGGCGGGGGGUGCGGCGCCAACGUCCCGCACGCGCGGCCCGAGACGCCGCGCCGGCUCACGCACACGCACGACGAGGACUGCUCCGACGACGACGAACAGGCCAAGCACAAAUAAACCAACCUCCCCCUCCCCUCCACCCACUAACCGAGCUACAUCGAACGGCACGACCCGUACUAUUUUAAUAUCGAGACAACACGCGGGACUCGUUCCCGUCGGAAUGGCCGAGCGGACGGCGUACCGGGUGACGUCCGGAAUCGAGUGACUUGACGUCCGAAUAUACAGGGUGAUUUCUAGGUCGGGAUCCAAAACCACUUUUUCUGACUGUUAACGAUCCACAUUAUCUUAUGGUAGCAUUUAAUUAAAAGAUAAUAAUAUUUUUUCCUAUUUUUUAAGUAAAAUUAAUCUUAUACUAAGUAAUCGUGGUCUCCCUAUGACUUUUGAGAUACGCUGUAUGGAAAGCGACGAGACGUCACUUUGAGCAGGGUGACCAAAUUGUAUGCAAAACUGUUUUUUUCUACUUGUCAUCUGAAAAAUAAUCAUCAUUAUUGGCGAUAAACAAUAAUUAAUGACAUCAUUAGGCUCAUCUUUGAAUUCUGUAUGAUGUCUUGUUCUCCUGCUACGCGACCCCGAAAUCACCCCUGUAGUUACAAAAUAUACAAUUUUCACACGGGGCCCACUUUGCGUCAGGACGGCCGAAUAGCCGAACAAGUAUACGAGGUUGUGGAAUAUGCAAAUAAUUCCCCAUGCGCGUUGGAUAAAACACCAGUCCCUACAAUCUUACGAAAUAAUACAUUAAACCGAAUACUUCAAUAUUAUGGUCUUAGUAGCAGUAGCAUUGGUAGCGUUUAUGCAGAAGUGAUGCAUCGUUUUCUUUUUAAUACUUACUAAAGUAAAAAGAUUUCGAGACUCACUGUGCAUUGUGAAAUCACUACUAUGAUGGUGAUCUCGACAUAUUUCUCAACCUUUGUACCGUAAAAUUAUCUCAAUAUUGUUAAAGAAAAUAACUUCUUAUUACUGUUCUACUUCUGCAUCAACUAAUAUUUUCAGAUAUUUAACCACAGACAACUAGACUAAUAGACGUUCAAAGCUCUCAUGCGCCACGGAUUCUUUUCCGUGGUGCAUGAGAGCGGGAAACUCUUUUUGACGCGUCUAUUAAUUUAGUACUCUGUGACUUUAGAACUUGCCUUAAACUCUUGUCAAUCAUUCUAUAGUGCUUUUAGCUCAAUACUGAUAGUCUGAUUAGACUAAUGUAAUUUUACAAAAUAACAGCUCGAAUUACAAACGCUACGUAUGUAGUUGUGUAUAAGGAUUAAAAUUAAGUCUCGUUUGGUAAUUCAAUCUUAACCAUUUUCCAGGCCGCACCAAUCUACAAGAUUUUCCCAAGAAAUUCAUAUAUAUUUCAAUUUUCAAUUAAUCCAGCUUUGAUGAUUCAGUUGAAGAUGUCACAUUUCCCGAAAGUGCAAUCUAAUUUGAACCUUAUAUCGGAAUGCUAAAGUUGAAAUUUUAUUAGCGCGUAUGUGGUCGAUAAAUCGUAGGUACUAUGCCUGGAAAAGAGUUAACAUUUUGAGUGUUGAUUGUUUGAGUAAACAUAUAUGUAGCUUGAUAGGUAAACAUAUUACCUCAUAACAACAAUAAGAGUUAUUUAGUAGAAUAAAAAAUAGUAGGGUUUGAUACACGAUAAGAAAUAAUUUAAAUAAUUAUCAAAAAAAUCCUAAAGUUUGGUCACCUUACUUGUCACUACAAUGAGUGUCGAAAAUUACCAAUGAGUAGUGACCAUAGUUUUAAAAACGAACUUUUUGAAAAAAUAAAAAAUAAAUUUUGUUUCCGUAGCUGUUGUUGCCAUCGCAAUGGCGUUCAAUUAUAGUCGGUAAGUGUGAUUCCAUAUUAGUCCGUUUAGAAUUGUAAAAAAAAGUUUUUCCCGCAAUGGAAAAGUCUGAUUCUGGUGAUGAUGACGUAUUGUGAUUUGUAAUAAGUACCCAGUUGUAGUUAUACUGUAAGCUUGUGGGUGCUAUUACGUUAUUAGUUAUAUAAAUAGAUAUCGACCGCCAUUUGUAUUUUAGUGCUCAACAUUUAGAUUUAGGGGCCAUAUUUUGUGUGAAAGGACUAGUCUUGUUCAUAUGGAUCAAAUCUAAUGUUGAAAUGCUUGAGUUACAUAUAUGUAGUUUUUUACGAACCGUUUAAAUCGUUUUUAAGGUUACUGCCUGUAUUUUGACUAAGGGAUACUUUAGACUUAAUGGCAAACCUUAUAUAUUGUAAAAAAAGUGUCAUUUGUUCCACAAUUACCCAUGAAUUUAUAAUACUUUCUAACCUUAAUAUUGUGAAUGCGAAUUAUUUGAUAGACUAGAGUAGAGGUAGGAGAAUGUUUAACCCCUUAAACGUUCAAAGGCAGACGGUACGGCGAACAUUUAGAAAAGACGCCACUAAAUUAUUCUCUUUGUGUUGCUGCGUGCUGUGAUUUAAAGGGUUAAAUAAAAAGUCCCUGUCCCUGUAAAAAAAAAAUAGUUUCAUAAAAAUAGUAAAUACUAGUUUUGCCAGUGGCGAGUAUCGUUACAUUUUUACGGAACAGGGAUUAAAAAGUUGUUGAUUAUAGCUGUAAAUAGAAGUCAGUAGUUUCUAUUAGGCUAUAAUUUUAAUAAUGUUCUAUUUACCAUACUCGCAUUUCUUUGAUUGCUGCUAUUAAAAUUGUUUUUACAUUUUUGUAAGAAACGAAUUAUUGUAAAUACUUAGGCCUCUUUUUGUAAGCUAAGUUUUUGUUAAAUCAUUGAGAUUUUAUUUGUGUUGACAUUGCGUUUACUUUAUGUAAUAUUUAAUUUUGAUUGUUUUUAUGUGUGUGUUUAUAGGAACAAAUAGCUAUUAUUCGGAUGUAGCAUAAUAUUACGUUUAAAAAGAGGGAUGUUUUGUAUCUAAGUAUAGAUUCCACUUUUUACUAAUUACACAAAUGUAGAAAUUAUAGAUCGCAAAAAAUAAAUA